AUGGACAAAUUUAUUAAGCUUGUUUGCCUACUCCUCGCUUACAGAGUUUCAGAUUUACGGUUUUCAGCUUGCACACUGUGUUAUGAUAUAACAGUUGCUCCAGUGGGUGAUACAAAUCGCAUAGAUGUUGAUUAUACGAUUGUCCGAGACACUUCUGAGGGAUGUGAUGAAAUUUUGUUCACCUGCUUUUCUAGAAAAGAUGCUAAUCAUGUUUACAUUCAAUCACCAGCUGGAGAAGUGUAUGGUGAUGAUAAUGGAACAGUAACGCUGAUUCUUAAUUGUUCAAAUGAUAGGCAAUGGAUAACUCUUGGGGGCAGGAAUAUUACUACUUUAACAUGUUCUACUACAAAACGUAAGAAUUAA